AAAAGCCCUCCGAGGUAGCCCAGCCCCUCCUGGGGACGGCUGCUGCUGCCAGGGGACCCAGAAGAGCCCCAGACCUGCCGCCUAGACUCCCAGCAGAGCCUGGGACCUGCCUCCAGGACCAGUCCCCCACCAGAAGAGCCCAGGACCUGCCACCUGGAUCCCCCAAAUCCCGCAGAGCACAGGACCUACCUCUGAGAUCCCCGCCCCCCAGCAGAGCCCAGACCUGCCUCUAGGACCCUCCAGCAGUGUGGGGACCUGCUGCCCGGACCCCAGCCUGAGUGCCCCACCCUGCCCACUCCCGGCCUGCCACAGUCACCUGUGCCCCUGGUCCUAAAAGGCGGUGAGCCCGGGGGACCUGCACCUGAGGGAAGCGGGUCUUCUGUUUCUCUGGCUUGUUCUCAGCUCUCCGCAGCACCGUCUAUUUCUGUCUUUCCUUCUGGAAAGUGUGCUUUGCCAGUGACUAAUUGCAGGCUGUGCCGAGAUUGUUAUCACCUGUCACCUGCACGCAGGACCCAAGCCCAUCGGGGAAAUUAAGAGAUAAACCUGCGGCUGCAGCCCGACCUGGCAGGCCACCUGCCUCCCGCAGGCAGCAACCAGAAGCUUCCCCACCAAGACUGCCAGGGCCACCUCUGGCCCCGCUGGGGGCCACUGGCAUGUGGCCGUCGAAGUGACCCCCGGGGGCCCCACGGCCACCCCUGGAAAGACUGACGCAGGCGUUUGAGGAGCAGCCGCCUCCCUGCAGGCUGAGCGGAGCCCUGGAUGGAGCUUGGCACCCAAGCCCCUCAUGUCUGCCCUGUGGAGGCUGUGUUUUGUGCUGCCCCUGGCAGUCCCCUGCCACAACGCGCAGCGCUGGGAGCCCUGCACAGACCUGCGGCCCCUGGACGUCCUGGAGGAGGUGGUCCCUUCCGAUGGCGCCACGAGCGGGAUCAGGGUCGUUCAGGUUCACGGUGCGCGGGGACUCCAGCUCUCCGCAGCCGCCCCCCACACCAUGAGCUUCCCUGCAGCCAGGAUUUUCUCCCGGUGUGACCUCUUCCCUGAAGAAUUUUCCAUCGUCGUAACUUUGAGAGUUCCCAGUCUUCCAGCCAAGAGGAACGAGUACCUGCUGACCGUGGUGGCCGAGGAGAGCGACCUGCUGUUGCUCGGCCUGCGCUUCUCGCCCUCCCAGCUGCACUUCCUGUUCCUCAGCGAGGACGUGGCCGGUGCCUGGCAGACCCGCGUGUCCUUCCGAAGCCCGGCCCUGGGGGACAGCCGCUGGCACACGCUGAUCCUCGCUGUGACCGCAGGCGUCUUCUCCCUCACCACGGACUGCGGCCUCCCGCUGGACAUAAUGGCCGAUGUGCCCUUCCCAGCCACCCUGUCAGUGAGAGGAGCUCGGUUCUUCAUCGGCAGCCGGAGGAGAGCCAAAGGCCUAUUCACGGGCCUGGUGAGGCAGCUGGUCCUGCUGCCAGGCUCAGACGCCACCCCAAGGCUGUGUCCCAGCAGGAACGCCCCACUGGCCGUGCUGUCCAUCCCACGGGUCCUGCAGGCUCUCACGGGGAAGCCGGAAGAUAACGAGGUGCUAAAAUAUCCCUAUGAAACCAACAUUCGAGUGACGCUGGGACCCCGGCCACCGUGUACCAAAGUGGAAGACGCCCAGUUCUGGUUUGAUGCUGGACGGAAGGGGCUGUACCUGUGUGUCGGCAACCAGUGGGUGUCUGUGACAGCAGCCAAAGAAAGGCUGGACUAUGUGGAGGAGCAUCAGAAGCUGCUCACCAGCUCCGAGACCCUGGGCAUCGAGGUCUUCCGCAUUCCCCAGGCGGGGCUCUUCGUGGCCACAGCCAAUCGCAAAGCCACGUCCGCCGUGUACAAGUGGACCGAAGGGAAGUUCGUCUCGUACCAGAGCAUCCCCACGCACCAAGCACAGGCCUGGAGGCAUUUCACCAUCGGGAAAAAGAUCUUCCUGGCAGUGGCUAAUUUUGAACCCGAUGAAAAGGGUCAGGAGUUCUCUGUCAUUUACAAAUGGAGCCACAGAAAGCUGAAGUUCACCCCGUACCAGAGCAUUGCCACACACAGUGCCCGAGACUGGGAGGCCUUCGAGGUGGAUGGGGAGCACUUCCUGGCAGUGGCCAACCACCGGGAAGGCGACAACCACAACAUUGACAGCGUCAUCUACAAGUGGAACCCGGCAACCCGGCUCUUUGAGGCCAACCAGACCAUCGCCACCUCUGGUGCCUACGACUGGGAGUUCUUCAGCGUGGGGCCCUACUCGUUCCUGGUGGUGGCCAACACCUUCAACGGUACCUCCACCAAAGUGCACUCGCACCUCUACAUCCGGCUCCUGGGCUCCUUCCAGCUCUUCCAGUCCUUCCCGACGUUUGGUGCUGCGGACUGGGAGGUCUUCCACAUUGGGGAGAGGAUCUUCCUCGCCGUGGCAAAUAGUCACAGCUACGAUGUGGAGAUGCAAGUCCAGAAUGAUUCCUACAUCAUCAACUCUGUCAUCUACGAGCUGAAUGUGACCGCACAGGCCUUUGUCAAGUUCCAGGACAUUCUCACCUGCAGUGCUCUGGACUGGGAGUUUUUCUCGGUGGGAGAAGAUUCCUUCCUGGUGGUCGCUAACUCCUUCGAUGGGCGCACCUUCUCAGUGAACAGUAUUAUUUACAGGUGGCAGGGCUACGAGGGCUUCGUGGCAGUGCACAGCCUCCCCACCGUGGGCUGCAGGGACUGGGAGGCCUUCAACACCACGGCCGGCGCCUACCUCAUCUACUCCAGCGCCAAGGAGCCCCUCUCCAGGGUCCUGCGGCUGAGGACACGCUGAGGCCGCUGCCAUCCA